AUGGACUUUACCAAGACGGUCAUAGCAAGGAAGUUACAAGUAGAAGAACUCGAAUGCCUUAGGAUGGAUGCCUAUGAAAAUGCAAGGAUCUAUAAGGAGAAGACUAAGACAUUCCAUGAUCACCACAUCUGCAACAAAAAUUUUCAAGAGGAUGAUGAAUUUCUUCUAUACAAUUCAAGACCUAGGUUCAUGCCAGGCAAGCUUCACUCAAGGUGCGAUGGCCCUUUUAAAGUGAAAGAAGUGAAGCCUACGGAGUGGUUGAAUGGCCACAAAAUGAAGAAGUAUCAUGGUUAUAAGUCACCAAAGAAAUUGGAGGCCUAUCUUCUUGAGGAUGCACCCGUAGGAGAAGAGUUUUGA